AUGCCAAAAUUUUGUCUUGGAGGAAAAAAAGAGCGGAAUAACUUGGAGGGAUCAGUCCUGAGGCGCCAGAAAUGGUCCUGUGAAGAAAAAGGCAUCUGGAGACCCAGAGUUGUUCUGCAGGACAGAGAAAGGAUGGCGACACAACCUUUGCGAAAGGAAGGAACUGGAAAAGGCCCUUCAGCUGCUCAGCCUGGGAAGCUCUGGACAAAGACAGGGCAGAAGAUGCUGGAGGAGGAAACCAUCCUCCCAUCAGAAGUUCAGCCCUGCAAUUUCAUCCAAUACUGGGAGGCUGAGGGUCCCCGAGGACUUUGCAGCCGACUCCAUAGCUUUUGUAGACAAUGGCUGAGACCAGAAAAGCACACCAAAGCCCAGAUGCUGGACCUGGUGGUUCUGGAGCAGCUUCUGUUCCUUCUGCCCCCAGAGAUGGAGGGCUGGGUGCGGGAGUGUGGAGCAGAGACCAGCUCCCAAGCGGUGGCCCUGGCUGAAGGCUUCCUCCUGAGCCAGACAGAGGAGCAAAAGGAGCACGUUGAAUUGCAGGGCUGCACUGUGGAGACUAGAGAUCCUGAGGGAAAGAAGAAUCCAUCAAAUCCCCCUCAGAAGCUAUUUUGGGAAGAUCCGAGUCAGAACGCCUCAGGAAAGAAACAAAGAAUGAAGUUCUCUGGUUUUUAUGAUGGAGCUCAAACAGUAGUUGAAUCUCCAAAUCAAGAGGGUCUUGUGUCCUUCGAGGAGGUGGCUGUGUAUUUCUCUGAGGAGGAAUGGUCUCAGCUGGAUCCUGACCAAAAAGCGCUGCAUUCGGAAGUCAUGCUGGAAAACCAUAGGAACGUGGUCUCUCUGGGUAAUAAUGGGCAGGAGAAUCAAGAUUCCUGUGAACUGUUCCAAGUGAUCAAUGCUAAAGAUGGAACGGAGAAGUUUGGAAUUCGAAUGGAAUUCGAAAGCCAUGAGAGAAACCAGUCAAAUAAUUGGAAUCAGGAUAGCUCAUCUUCCACUGAUGCUCUGAUGCAAGGCUUUCUUGCCCAACAAGAGAAAAGAAGGAAAAAGCUAAUCAAAGAUAAAGUACAUGUGAACAAACACCAAUUAACCCAAAACAAAGGAGAAGAUGCUAUAAGACACAACAGACAAAAUUACAGUGAGACAUCCAUUCUUUGUCUUGGCAAUAGCUUCCUUAUGUCUCAAAAAGCAGUUCACACAAAAAAGGAUCUUUAUACAUGUUUGGAAUCUGGAAUACAUUUUAGAACGAGCGGGCAAUUUACUUCCCAUGAAAGGAUUCACACUGGGGAGAAACAGUGUUCAGAAGCCCCUGUAGCCCAGGCAGCCCAGUCCCUCCAAGCAGCAGGAGAGAAACCAUAUAAAUGCAUGGAGUGUGGGAAAACCUUUAUUCAUAGCAUAGGACUUAGAAACCACAAAACGAUCCACACAGGAGAGAAACCAUAUAAAUGCAUGGAGUGUGGAAAGAGCUUUGCUCUGAACAAUAGACUUACUAUGCACAAAAAGAUCCACACAGGGGAAAAACCAUUUAAAUGCAUGGAGUGUGGCAAAACCUUUGCUCGAAGAGGUCAUCUUAUUUGCCAUAAGAUGAUCCACACAGGGGAGAAGCCGUAUAAAUGCAUGGAUUGUGAAAAAACCUUUGCUCGAAGAGGUGAUUUUAUUUCCCAUAAGAAAAUCCACACGGGGGAAAAGUCAUUUAAAUGCAUGGAGUGUGGAAAGACCUUUGCUCGAAGAUGUGAUUUUAUUUCCCAUAAGAGGAUCCACACAGGAGAGAAGCCAUAUAAAUGCAUGGAAUGUGGAAAGACCUUUGCUCAAAGAGGUAAUCUUAUUACCCAUAAGAUCAUCCACACAGGGGAGAAGCCAUAUAAAUGCAUGGAGUGUGGAAAGACCUUUGCUCAAAGAGGUAAUCUUAUUACCCAUAAGAUCAUCCACACAGGAGAGAAGCCGUAUAAAUGCAUGGAGUGUGGAAAGACCUUUGCUCAAAGAAGUAAUCUUAUAACCCAUAAGAUGACCCACACAGAGGAGAAGCCAUAUAAAUGCAUGGAGUAUGGAAAAACCUUUGCUCAAAGAGAUAGACUUAUUACCCAUAAAAUGAUCCACACAGAGGAGAAGCCAUUUAAAUGCAUGGAGUGUGGAAAGACCUUUGCUCGAAGAUGUGAUUUUAUUUCCCAUAAGAGGAUCCACACAGGAGAGAAGCCAUAUAAAUGCAUGGAAUGUGGAAAGACCUUUGCUCAAAGAGGUAAUCUUAUUACCCAUAAGAUCAUCCACACAGGGGAGAAGCCAUAUAAAUGCAUGGAGUGUGGAAAGACCUUUGCUCAAAGAGGUAAUCUUAUAACCCAUAAGAUGACCCACACAGGGGAGAAGCCAUAUAAAUGCAUGGAGUGUGGAAAAACCUUUGCUCAAAGAGAUAGACUUAUUACCCAUAAAAUGAUCCACACAGAGGAGAAGCCAUAUAAAUGCAUGGAGUGUGGAAAGACCUUUGCUCAACGCCGUUAUCUUGCUUCCCAUAAAAAGACCCACUCAGAAGAGAAACCAUUUAAAUGCAUGGAAUGUGGAAAGAGCUUUGCUCAGAAUCGUCGUCUAUCUUCUCAUAAAAGGAUCCACAUUCAGGAGAAAAUAUAUAGCAAUAGCAAUUCUACUUUAGACUUACAUACCAGUCCACAAAGCUUCAUAGCAGUCUUUGAGCAGUUUACAAAGUCAGCAUAUUGUCCCCAGGAAUCUGGUCCUUAUUUUACCGACCUGAGAAAGAUUAAAGGCGGAGAGGCUGCGGGAGAAUCUGACGGGGGAACAUCCAGACGUGCCCCGGGUGAGUUGGGGGCUCUUCCCGGGCAAAGAGAGGCGGAGGAGGGAGAGACCAGCGCCCGGCGGUCCUCCGGCUUCAACCCCGGGUCCCAUGCUCCCCAGCCGCCCUCUCUAUGUAGUGGGAAGCGGGGAUGCUAUGAAAGCGGCGGGUAUCCGUGGCUUCCUUCCCGCCUUGUGUCAGAGGAAGAGCCCGUGUGGGGGGAGGGGAGGGUCGGCCUUGCGGAGGUCCAGCAGGAGAGGAGAAAAGCCGGGCGAGGAGGAGGCAGGAUUCGCACCAGGAUCCCCGAGGGCCCCAUCCUGUCUCCGGAGGGGGAGAGAAGCGGGGCGGCCUCUCUAGCUGCCUCCGUCCCGGUCCUGCUGGGGGGCACCUCGGCCCUGCGCUGGAAUGAGCCGCUUGGGGCAAAAGUUUUUCUUGGAGGAAACAAAAGAGCGGAAUCACUUGGAGGGCUCAGAGUCCUGAGGCACCAGAAAUGGUCCUGUGAAGGAGAGGCAUCUGGAGACCCAAAGGAGUCCUUGGAGCCAUUUGGAGUUGCUCUGCAGGAGAGAGAAAGGAUGGAGACACAACCUUUGGGAAAGGAGGGAGCCGGAAAAGACCCUUCAGCUGCUCAGUCUGGGAAGCUCUGGACAAGGACUGGGCAGAAGAUCCUGGAGGAGGAAACCAUCCUCCCUUCAGAAGUUCAGCCCUGGAACUUCAGGAGUCUCCAAUACCGGGAGGCUGAGGGUCCCCGAGGACUUUGCAGCCGACUCCAUGACUUUUGUAGGCGAUGGCUGAGACCAGAAAAACACACCAAAGCCCAGAUGCUGGAUUUAGUUGUUCUGGAGCAGCUCCUGGCUCUCCUGCCCCCAGAGAUGGAGGGCUGGGUGCGAGAGUGUGGAGCAGAGACCAGUUCCCAGGCGGUGGCCCUGGCUGAAGGCUUCCUCCUGAGCCAGGUGGAGGAGCAGAAGCAGCAGUGCUGCACUGUGGAGAUCAGAGAUCCUGAGAGAAAGACAAAUCCAUCAAAUCCCCCUCAGGAGCUAUUUUUCAGGAGGAUCCCUUGGGAAGAUCAAAGUCAGGACACCUCAGGAGAGAAACAAAGAAUGAAGUUUUCUGGUUUAUAUGAUGGAACUCAAACUGUGAUUCAACCUCCAAAUCAAGAGAGUCUUGUGUCCUUCGAGGAGGUGGCUGUGUAUUUCUCUGAGGAGGAAUGGUCUCGGCUGGAUUCUGACCAAAAAGUGCUGCAUUCGGAAGUCAUGCUGGAAAAUCAUAGGAACGUGGUCUCUCUGGGUAAUAAUGGUCAGGAGAAUCAAGAUUCCUGUGGACUGUUCCAAGUGAUCAAUGCUAAAGAUGGAAUGGAGAACUUUGGAAUUCAAAUGGAAUUAGAAAGCCAUGAGAGAAACCAGUCAAAUAAUUGGAAUCAGGAUAGCUCAUCUUCCGUUGAUGCCCAGCAAGAGAAAAUAAAGAAAAAAUGUAUUGGGGAAAAUGUGCAGCUGAUCAAAGAUAAAUUACAUGUAAACAAACGCCAUGUAACACAAAACAAAGGGGAAGAUGCUAUAAGACAAAACGGACAAAAUUACAAUGGUACAUUCAUUCUUUCUCUUGGAAAUAACUUCCUUACAUCUCAAAAAGUGAUUCACACAAAAAAGGAUACUUAUAAAUGUUUGGAAUCUGGAAAACAUUUUAGAACAAGCAGGAAUCUUACUUCCCAUGAAAGGAUUCAAACUGUAGAGAAACGGUGUUCAGAAGCACCUGUAGCCCACACAGCCCAGACCCUCCAAGCAGCGGAAGAGAAACCAUAUAAAUGCAUGGAAUGUGGGAAAACCUUUAUUCAUAGCAAUGGACUUAGAAACCACAAAACGAUCCACACAGGAGAGAAACCAUAUAAAUGCAUGGAGUGUGGAAAGACCUUUGCGCAACGCAGUGCUCUUACUUCUCAUAAAAUGAUCCACACAGGGGAAAAGCCAUUUAAAUGCAUGGAGUGUGGAAAGACCUUUGCUCAAAGAGGUAAUCUUAAAUCCCAUAAGAUGAUCCACACAGGGGAGAAGCCGUGUAAAUGCAUGGAGUGUGGAAAGACCUUUGCGAAACGCAGUGCUCUUACUUCUCAUAAAAUGAUCCACACAGGGGAAAAGCCAUUUAAAUGCAUGGAAUGUGGAAAGACCUUUGCUCAAAGAAGUAAUCUUAAAUCCCAUAAGAUGCUCCACACAGGGGAGAAGCCAUAUAAAUGCAUGGAGUGUGGAAAGACCUUUCCUCGAAGAAGUCAUCUUAUUUCCCAUAAGAUGGUCCACACAGGGGAGAAGCCAUACAAAUGCAUGGAGUGUGGAAAGACGUUUGCUCAACGCAGCUAUCUUGCUUCUCAUAAAAAGAUCCACACAGGGGAGCAGCCGUAUAAAUGUAUGGAGUGUGGAAAGACCUUUCCUCGAAGAGGUCAUUUUAUUUCCCAUAUGAUGAUCCACACAGGGGCGAAGCCGUACAAAUGCAUGGAGUGUGGAAAGACCUUUGCUCAACGCAAUUAUCUUGCUUCUCAUAAAAAGAUCCAUACAGGGGAGAAGCCCUAUAAAUGUAUGGAGUGUGGGAAGACCUUUCUUCAAAGAGGUCAUCUUAUUUCCCAUAAAGUGAUCCACACAGGGGAGAAGCCGUAUAAAUGCUUGGAGUGUGGAAAGACCUUUGCUCAAGGCAGUUAUCUUGCUUCCCAUAAAAAGAUCCAUUCAGAAGAGAAACCAUAUAAAUGCAUGGAGUGUGGAAAGACGUUUACUAAGAGCAGUGCUCUUACUUCCCAUAAGGUGAUCCACACAGGGGAGAAACCAUAUAAAUGCAUGGAGUGUGGAAAGACCUUUCCUCGAAGAGGUAAUCUUAAUUCCCAUAAGAUGAUCCACACAGGGGACAAGCCGUAUAAAUGCUUGGAGUGUGGAAAGACCUUCGCUCAAUCCAGUUAUCUUGCUUCCCAUAAAAAGAUCCAUUCAGAAGAGAAACUAUUUAAAUGCAUGGAGUGUGGAAAGAUGUUUACUAAAAGCAGAGCUCUUACUUCUCAUAAGAUGAUCCACACAGGGCAGAAAACAUAUAAAUGCAUGGAGUGUGGAAAGACCUUUGCUCAGAAUUGUCAUCUUACUUCUCAUACAAGGAUCCACACUUAGGAGAAAGUAUAUAACAAUAGCAAUUCCACUUUAAUCUUAUAUACCACUCCACAAUGCUUUACAGCACUGUCCGAGCAGUUUACAAAGUCAGCAUAUUGUCCCCAGGAAUCUGGGUCCUCAUUUCAACCUCAAAAGGAUGAAAGGCUGAAUCAACAAUGAGCCGGUCAGGAUCAAGCUACUGGCUGUGGGCAGUUAGCUUCAAGUACUGCAUUCUAACCUCUGACCUGCCAUGUCUAUAGAUUUUUUUAAAAAUAUUUUUUAUUAAACUUUUGACUUUUAAAAACAAAAUAAAAAUACAACAAAAACCAAAAACACAUUAAAAACACAUAACAGAUAUAACAUUACAUCAUAUAUUAUUUUACAGCUUGCCAUAUCAACAUAUAUAUUCUCUGUUCUUCUUCAAUCGAUCCUCUGCAUGCUAUGUUUACAUUGGUAUCUAUUUACCAAUCCGUCCUUAUCCAGUUUACACAAUUCAAUGGUUUAUACUUUCUUAUUUUAACUUAAUUAGGUUAACAUUCCAACUUAUUAUUUUGAUUUUUUUUUUCUAACCAAUCAUAUAAUUUAUUCCACACUUUGUAAUAUUCCGACUCUUCCCUUUCCUUAAUUUCUAGUGUCAUCUUGUCCAUUUCUGCACACUGUUAAGAUUUUUUGGAUUAUUUCCUCUACUGGAACAUUGUUUUGUUUCCAUCCAUAUGCAACAGCGAUCCUUGCUGCCGUUAAUAUAUAAUGUAUUAGGUAUUGCAAGGAUUUCUCUAUUUUUGGGUUAAUUAUUCCUAAUAAAUAAAGUUCCGGUUUAAAUUCCAUUUCUAGUUGGGUAAUUCCCUCUAGCCAAUUUUUAAUUUUUUGCCAAAUUUUUUUUAUCUUGGGGCACAUCCACCACAUAUGUAGUAUGUGCCUAGCUUGUACCCACAUCUCCAACAAUUUGGUGGUAAAUUUGGGAACAUUUUGGUCAAUCUCACUGGUGCCAAAUGCCAUCUAUGAAACAUUUUAUACAAAUUUUCUUUAUAAGCUACUGCCAUUAUUAAUUUAUAAUUUCUAUCACACAAUUUGUUCUAUCUUUUUGAUUCUAUAUUAUGCAGGAAGUUUUUUGCCCAACAGAUCAUUGUUUCUUUUACUGUUUCAUCUUCCAUUUUGUAUUUUAAGAGGAAAUUGUAAAUUUUUGUGAUCACUUUCCCCCACCCUCCGAUCCUAAUAGAAUUUUGUCUAUAUGAAUAGAAUAGAAUAGAAUAGAAUAGAAUAGAAUAGAAUAGAAUAGAAUAGAAUAGAAUAGAAUAGAAUUUUAUUGGCCAAGUGUGAUUGGACACACAAGGAAUUUGUCUUGGUGCAUAUGCUCUCAGUGUACAUAAAAGAAAAGAUACGUUUAUCAAGGUACAACAUUUACAACACAAUUGAUGAUCAAUAUAUCAAUAUAAAUCAUAAGGAUUGCCAGCAACAAGUUAUAGUCAUACAGUCAUAAGUGGAAAGAGAUUGGUGAUGGGAACUAUGAAACGAUUAAUAGUAGUGCAG